CGUUAAAUGUCACUCUGAAGUCAUUCCUUAGCAUACCAUUAUUAAUUUAGGACUAUUCACAAAGCGUUUCGCGCCAGAUUUCGAUCAACCAAUCGCGGCCUUAGUCAUUACAUUAACAAUGACGUCAUAAGACUGACUUGAUCGAUUCGAAGAUUGCUCUAUGCAUCGAGGAGCCCUGUCUUUCUUCCUGUCAGUCGUGCUCGUCGCUCAUGGAAGAACUUAACCUGGUUUAUUGUGCUGCUAUUGUUUGGAGAUGAACAGGACACUGAGAUAGAACAAGAAUGGCUUCCGGUCCUCCAUCGGUUUCGUCUUCCAAAGAGACAACAAACUAUGCACGCUUAUGUCGUGUGUUGGUUGAGGUUGGUUCGCAAGCCCUCAGGGACACGCUUGACAGUAUCCACCCGCCAGGAAAUCUACACACAGUUUUGUCGAGAAACAAACCCGUUUUACAAUCACUAAGGAAAAAAAGAAUCAUUAAUCCACUACAAUGGAAUAAACUGUUCCCUGCCAUUCCCACCUCGGUGACAUCUGGAAAUUUUGACAUAACGCUCACGGUCGUCCUGCUUAGAAACAUCUGCGGAUUGACGCCACCAGCGACGGGAUGGGACCAACUUCCUUCUCCUGGAGAUACAAGUCGUGAGGCUGACAUUUCCAGAGUAAAAUACUUUAGAAACAACAUUUAUGGGCACGCUGAACAGGCAUCCGUAGACGAUGUGACUUUUAACAAGUGUUGGUUGGACAUUCGGGACACCCUAGUCAGAUUAGUAGGAACAGCGUAUGGUGCUGCCAUCGACACGUUAGAGACAGAGUGGAUGGACCCUGAAGUGGAGGACCAUUAUAAACAGCUACUCCAACAGUGGAAGAAGGAUGACGACAACGUGAAAGACAAGUUGUCAGACAUGGAAACUGAAAUCAAGAAAGUACAUCAAGAGGUCGAGGAUUUAAAGGCAACAGUAGCUCCUCCGCCGCGGAUUGAUCCAACUGAUCUAAGUGAAGAAGCUUACUUUCCCACCGAGAUCGUCGAAGCAAUCCGUCAGCGCUACAGUGAAGAGAAGCUGCAAUUACCACCGUGGUGUAAAGAAUUUAACUUUUGUCUGAAGGACCUUUCUACUUUUACCAAGGAAGGACCAUCCAAUCUUUUAGUAAGAAUCUCUCGUUCAAAACGAAAAGCCCUCAUUGUUGGAAAAGCAGGUAUCGGAAAGACGGUUCAUUGUCUAAAGCUAGCAUAUGACUGGGCCGUCAAACAAAACGAGUUCCACAAAUGUUUGCCAGAAACCCAAGUCUUGUUGUUGCUCAAUUGUUGUGAUAUUUCCUCCGACAUUUGGAAAGCGAUUGAUGAGCAACUCCUUCCAGGAAAUAUCGACGAAGAGAGCAAAGAAAAGUUUUUUGCUUUCAUCCGUGAAAACCAAUUCAAGGUCAUGUUUAUACUCGAUGGGCUCGAUAAAUCGCCACCCGAUCUGCCAGAUAUGGUUUCUCAGUUGGUUGAAACAGAAUUACCUCAAUGCCGCUAUGUUUUCACCGCUGAGUCCGCUAAACUGGCAAUGACAGACAAAUUGAAAAUGCGCCAUGACUGCCAAUUGGGAAUCGCGGGAUUCACCAAAGAAGACGUGAAGAACUUCAUUAACAAUCACUUUGACGACCAGAAAAUCUUGGCCCAUAAUCUGAACGAUGCCAUCGACAAGUCCGAAUUCUUACAGAAAAAAGCGACCGGAAAUCCUAUCUACACCGCACUCCUUUGCCUUCUUUGUAAAGACCGUAAAGGAGAUAUUCCUUCAAGCAAAGCACAGCUGUGCAUGGAAAUGGUACUGUGUGCCGUGAGAAGAUAUGAUUUCGAAAAAGGCGGAUCAAGCAGCGAUGAGGAGCUGAUGGUGACUUACAAAGAUCAGCUGACACGUAUAGGUCUAAUUGACUUUAACUUCCAGCGGAAAGGAGACGUAGACUUUGAAAGAGAAGAGGUGGCAUUCUCCGUGAAAGACUUACCAGAAUUUGGGUUCAUGUCCACCCAAAGUUCAGGUUGCGUCAGAAGACCCCGCUUGUGGUAUGCGUUUCAGAAUUUCUUCGCUGGCUUUUAUCUGGCUUCACAGAUUGUGAGUAGUGAGAUCGAACUUAAAGCAGUCAUUGCUGAUGAAUAUUAUAGCGAAGGUGGCUUUUUCUCCGCAUCAAAUUUUUUCAGACAGACUGAAAUUUUUGUUUUCAUGAGCGGCAUACUCGAGUUACAAUCCGAAGAAAAGGCUCUAGAUCUUGUAAGAAAUAUCUGCUUGCAGAUAAAUUCAGCCGCGAGAGCUGUAAAUACCCUAGCUUCACUGAAAACUAGAAGUAUUUUGUUGCUAGCUUUGGAAUGCAGAGAGGAUGCCAACACGCGUAAGGAUAAUUUAAGUUCUAAGGUUACCUCAAUGUUGGGUUCCAAUAUAAGUCUUGAGAAAUUAUCUCUUGCUGAUGUGAAUUUUCACGUUGAAAAUACCCUUCUUGACGGCGGUAUACCGGAUCCCCGGUAUUUUUACUACCGUUCUUCUGUUGUCAAUAGCAUACGUGCGCAUCACGUGACACCCUUCUCUGAGGUCCUUGCAGCCAAUACCACGGUGACUACGUUGCACUUGAUUGGCAAUCGUGAACUCAUUGAUGACGAGGGUGCGAUAGCGCUCUCUGAAGCGCUGAAAGUUAACCGUUCCUUGACUAACUUGGAUCUAAGCAGAAACGCUAUUGGUUCAUCUGGUAUCCAAGCUCUCUCUACAGCACUCAAAAUCAAUAGCACUUUGACCACCUUAGAUCUGAGUGAAAACAAGAUUGACUUUACUUGUGUCCACUUCCUUUCGGAGGCUCUCGUUGUCAAUUCUUCUCUUUCAAGCUUGAAUUUGAAAUGGAACGGGUUUGCUGGUUCCGCCUGUCCUCUUCCAGAAAAGUUAAGGACAAAGUGGUUUUUAAUUUUCCCGAAUAUGCCAUCUCCUGAAGAAUUACAAACUUUCGAUGACCAAGAAGUAGUGGACGCAUAUAAGGGGCCAUAUUCACUUUUCGAGAGUCUGAAAAAGAACAGCACCUUGUCCAACUUAAAUUUGGGGCUUAAUGACCUUAAUUCUGUGGGCGCCUACUAUCUCGCAGAAAGCCUGAAGGUCAAUACCAGUCUGACUGCUUUAGACUUACAAGAAAACAGGAUUGGUCGUAUCGGCGCCAAGUGUCUCUCUGCCGCUCUCAAAAUGAAUAGCAGUUUAGCUUUUUUAAAUGUAGCUCGCAAUGACAUCUGUGGUCCUGGCAUCGAGGUGCUGAGUGAGUCUCUUGAAGUUAAUUCUACAUUGACAUGCUUAGACUUGGCUCAUAAUAAUAUCCGUUCAUCUGAUUCUGAGUUUCUUGCUGAAGCCUUGAGCUUCAAUGACACCUUGACUUCUUUAAAUUUAUCUAGAAAUAAAAUCGAUGCACUGGGUGCCCAGUCUCUAUCUAAGGCUCUGCAAUUCAAUACCACCUUGUCCACCAUUAAUUUAGAAGGCAAUCCAUCCAUUGGUGGUGCUGGUUUUCAGUUCCUCUCUGAAUGUCUUCAGAGCAAUUUCACAUUGAGUAGCCUGAAUUUAAGUCAUAACGGGAUUGAGAAGCGAGGUGUUUCCGAACUUGUCAAUGCUCUCAUAGGCAACAAAACCUUAUCUAACCUUAACCUCAGCCGCAACAAUAUUCCUUGGCCAGAGCUAGCUGGCUUCCUCAAGGUGAACUCCACCUUAAAGACUCUAACACUUUGUGAAAAUGUCAUGCGUUAUUCCGACAGCGAAGUUCUCUUUGAAGCCAUAGGGAUCAAUAAGGCUUUAAAUGAACUCAACUUCAGCAGGAUGUCGGCGUUUGAAGUAACUGCUGGUGCAAUUUUGGAGGCUCUUAAAGGCAAUACAGCUUUAGCUCUUUUGGAUUUGAGCGAGAAUGGCCAUCGUUUUGGUGACAUUGCGCCGUCCAUCUUUAAAGGUCUUGAGCACAAUACAACUCUGACUCGUCUUGAGCUGUAUUCAAAUAGAAUUGAAGACUCUGAUUGUCCUUCCAUUUCUGAGUCUCUCAAAAUCAAUGCUGGCUUGAAAUAUUUGGUUUUGAGUGGAAACUAUAUGACAGAAGUUGGCCUUAAGUCUAUCGUAGAAGCCUUGAAACACAAUUCCACCUUGAGAUAUUUGGAUAUCAGUAACUGUAACAAUUUUCAUCAAAUGCGGAGAUCAUGGGAAGAAGAAGUAGCGAGCAGAAAAGAUUUCGAAAAAUUUGUUGAAGGUACCGGUAUGUCCGAUCUGCGCAUAGUGUUGUGAGAAAACUUAAAUCCUCAUUAAAUAGAAGUUCCAGAGCUUUUUGUGAAAAAUACUACAACUCGGCGAAUCGUUCGAGAAGUGUUAAUUUAAAGCUUAAAAGGGUUGUGUCAAGACAUUUGAAGUAACUUUCAUGACAUAAAAGAAUUGGACUUCAAAAAUUUGGAACUAUAUUGAAUAGCUAAAAGAAGCCGCUAAGUUAAUCGGGAUUACAAAGAAUUGGCCCGCCAAAGAUAUUUCAACUUUUCUUUAAGCAUCAACCUCCGUGCAACUCUUCUACGUACAGGUUUCUUCGCUGAAAAUCUUAAACUUGGCACGUUGUACGUCGUAUUUGCCAGACUCGAACUAACAUAGACUUCAGCAGUCAAUGAGUCAAUUGGAGUAUUUGUUAUAAAUAAAUGUCGUACUUACUCGUUCAGUAUAGUUAAAAUUUGGAAAGAUCUUUUAUCUAUGUUUAUCUCUAGUGUCAAGUGUGAAACCGAAUGGGGUAAAUUUUUGUCGCCUCAAAAGUACUGAUAAACUUUUUAUUGUGUUUGCAAGAACAUUGUGCAUACAUCUUAAAAAUGUUACAUAAUUGUGGUUGCAUUUUGAUUAUUAUUAUCUUAUAAGUGACUUUUUUUAAAAUUUUGUAAUCUAUUUUAUUCACUGAAGGUCAAUUCGGUGUGCACCACAGACGACCAUCCUGAUUGAACCUUGGAAAACUUUGUUUUUCGUACUUGUUACUGAUACACUUUCCUGUGUAAGGUUUUUAGUGUAGUGAAAUAUUAUGAUAAACUAAUAUCUUGUUCUUUAUUAGCAGAAAUCUCUUCGUUCACAAAUGUCCAUGCAGACGGAAGGCUUCUUUUUUGCUCUAGAAAAUUUAGCAGCUAUUUUGAUAUUAGGGAACGUAAUGAACUAUCCAGUCGUAUCUCCAGUUUUUAGCUAUAUAUAAAAAAGUUAGAUUUAUUUGCUUCUUUAAUUCCAUCUAGAGCUGUAAAUAUAAGUGUUAGUGAAUGUUAAUUAAACUGAAUUUGGGUGGUACAUGAAGCUGUCUGAAAAAUUCAAUGGUGUGUCAAGAAAAAGUCAGUUUUUAUUGUAAACACACUUUAAACAAGCAGACUAGGAACUAAGCGGAAUCCAUAUCAAGUGGAAACCAGUUAAGAUUUGGUAAAAAAAAGUUUUUCCUCAGCUAGGUCAGCUCUGUUAAUCAAAGCUAUUCUGCGUACAGACCUGUAUUAUUCGAAAGGGGCCAAGGGCCUUACGGGUGCAUAGUCAAGGAGACUAAAAACAUUUCUUAUUUUUUUGAAUGAUCCAUUAUUCGAUGAAGCAUGAAAACCGUGGUUUUUGAAGUUUUG